CAACUAACUAGUACUACUAUUUUCAUUUUCAUCUUUUUUUCAAACAUGUCCGGUGUUUGGGUAUUCAAGAAUGGAGUAGUCCGGCUAGUUGAGAACCCCGGUGACUUCAACGGUGCGACCGGUCGCCGUAAAGUGCUUGUGCACCUUUCUAGUGAUGAAGUAAUUACAUCAUAUGCAUCCCUUGAGAGGAAGUUGUACUCUCUUGGAUGGGAGAGGUACUAUGAUGAUCCAGACCUUCUUCAGUACCACAAAAGAUCAACUGUUCACCUUAUUUCUCUCCCAAAGGAUUUCAACAGAUUCAAGUCCAUGCACAUGUAUGAUAUUGUUGUUAAGAAUCGCAAUGAGUUUGAAGUUAGGGACAUGUAGUAAUAAUUAAUUAAUUUGAGAUUUCCUCAAAUUAAUGUUGUUUGAUUGAAUUAGAUCGUUUCUUGUUUUAACUUAAGCUUUGCUUUGUGUAUUUUAGGUCAAAGGAGUGUUUUUAGAUUCUUUAGUGUGAGGAAGCUAAUUUGUUAAAGUGGGGUUCUUUGUUGUAAUUUUAAUAUAAUGUUACAUCGUGUGUAAGAGUGAAGUUUUAUGACAAUGAAAACUUGGUUUGGUUUG